AUGGACAAACCAGAACUAUUAGAAGAUGCUGAUAAUGAUAGUACUAAUACGGGAAUAAUAAAAUGGACUAUAGAUGCUAUUUUUGGUAAUAGGAGUAAUAAUAAUAAUCCAAUAGAAAAUGACACUAAUGAGACUUAUAGCGAUCAUAAUAUAUUAUCGGAUUCCUUGGAUUUGGGAACGCCCAGGAUUGAAAAAAAAGUAAAGUCUACUAAUCAAGUUCCUACUAACCCUUUUAAUUUGUAUCCAUAUGAUGAUAAUGAUACCUUCAAAUAUAAGAAAGAACUUAAAGGCAAGUUAAAAGAAAAUUAUGCAAAAACUUAUAAGCAAGAAAAUGACAAUGUUAAUAAGAAUGCUAUUGCUGUCCCUGGUGGUUUUUCCAAAAUAAAUACAGACAAUGAAAUAGGAUCACAACUUGUUGACAAUAUAAUAAGCACUAUAGAUUCAAACAAUAACAGACUAAAAGAUCUAUCUAACAAGAUACAUUUAUCAUCAUCCAUAGAGGAAGAAGAAAAGUACAAAAUUAAAUACCUGCAAAUAAGACAAGAACUAAUAAAAGAAUUGCGUUCUUCAAAAGAGUUGUACGACAAGUAUUAUCAAUUAUACCAAUUAUACAGUGAUUUGUUAAAGGAUAAUGAGGAAUGUUACAAAAUUAUUGAAACUUUAAAUAAUAGAGUUAUUGAAUUGGAAAGAGGGCGGCGAAAUAAUGAUUUAUAA